UAAAUAACUCCAGCUCCAGCAGAGAUACCAGGCCUUCAGAGGGAGACAGCCGAGGGACGGAGGGUGGCACCAGGACCCACCCAGAUGUGAAGACCGGUGGGGAGGGAAGACCUGAAGACAAAACAGGAGGAGGAGCAGCAGCUCUGUGAGCACACGGAAGCCGAUCAGUUCCCUGUGAACCUCCUCCCCGCUCUGCAGCCAGCAGGAUGGAUCUGAUAUUUGGCAAGAAUAAGAAGGAACAGCUGGAGCCCGUGAGGGCCAAAGUGACAGGCAGGAUUCCAGCGUGGCUGCAGGGCACCCUGCUUCGCAACGGGCCGGGGAUGCACACAGUGGGGGAGACCAGAUACAACCACUGGUUUGACGGCCUGGCCUUGCUCCACAGCUUCUCCAUCAGAGACGGGGAGGUUCAUUACAGGAGCAAAUACCUGAGAAGCGACACCUACAAUGCCAACAUCGAGGCAAACAGGAUCGUGGUGUCGGAGUUUGGGACAAUGGCCUACCCGGACCCCUGCAAAAACAUCUUUUCCAAAGCAUUCUCCUACUUGUCCCACACCAUUCCCGACUUCACGGACAACUGCCUGAUCAACAUCAUGAAGUGUGGAGACGACUUCUAUGCCACCACAGAGACGAACUACAUCAGGAAAAUCGACCCACGGACGCUGGAGACCCUGCAGAAGGUUGAUUAUCGUAAAUAUGUGGCUAUAAACCUGGCAACGGCACAUCCUCACUAUGAUGGGGCUGGAAAUGUUCUCAACAUGGGCACAUCCAUUGUGGACAAGGGGAAGACAAAAUACGUGAUAUUUAAGAUCCCUGCCACCGUGCCAGAGGCCAAGAGGAAGGGGAAGAGCCCUCUGAGGCUCACGGAGGUGUUCUGCUCCAUCCCCUCCCGUUCGCUCCUCUCCCCCAGCUAUUACCACAGCUUUGGAAUCACCGAGAACUACGUGGUGUUUCUGGAGCAGCCAUUCAGGUUGGACAUUCUCAAGAUGGCAACAGCAUACAUGCGGGGAGUAAGCUGGGCUUCCUGCAUGGCUUUCCACAGGGAGGACAAGACUUACAUUCACAUCAUCGACCAGAGGACCGGGAAGCCUGUGCCCACCAAGUUCCACACAGAUGCCCUGGUGGUAUUCCACCACGUCAAUGCCUACGAGGAAGGCAACUGUGUCCUGUUUGACGUCAUUGCCUAUGAGGACGACAGUCUCUACCAGCUCUUCUACCUGGCCAACCUCAACCAGGACUUUGAGGAGAACUGCAGGCUCACCUCGGUCCCCACCCUCAGGAGGUUCGCUGUGCCCCUGCACGUGGACAAGAAUGCUGAAGUGGGCUCAAAUUUAAUCAAAGUGGCGUCUACGACAGCAACAGCCCUGAAGGAAAAAGAUGACCAAGUCUACUGCCAGCCCGAAUUGCUUUACGAAGGCUUAGAGCUCCCUCGAAUCAAUUAUGCUCACAAUGGAAAGCAAUACCGAUACGUCUUUGCUGCUGAAGUUCAGUGGAGCCCAAUCCCAACCAAGAUACUAAAAUAUGACAUUCUCACCAAGUCAACCUUAAAAUGGGCCGAGGAGGGUUGCUGGCCUGCGGAACCCCUGUUUGUGCCUGCUCCAGGCGCCAAGGACGAGGAUGAUGGAAUUAUCUUAUCUGCCAUUGUUUCUACUGAUCCCCAAAAGCUGCCUUUUCUGCUUAUUCUGGAUGCCAAAAAUUUUACGGAAUUGGCUCGUGCCUCAGUUGCCGUGGAGAUGCACCUGGACCUCCAUGGGUUAUUCAUCCCUGACACGGACUGGGGCGCAAAGAGCCAGGCCCCUGCAGAGGCCCCGCAGGACGAGGCUUCAGACGGCCACGCGGUGCCCCGGGCCUGACGGUGCUGGCGGGAACAGCUCUGCAGCAGGACCUGAGGACCCAGCCUGCUGCCUUUCUCCGGGAACGAGUCCCGUGCUUCACUCUGCACUCAUUCUUUCUGUGGACGCUGUGACAAAAACACGGAGACGGGGCCCCAGGAUCUCCACUUUGAUUUUGUCUGGAGAAACCUCAUUGGAAAGUCAAAUACGUAUUGGUUAGCUCUGGCGCUGCUAAGAAGGCCCCUUUCUUUUUUCUUUUUUAAUGAAGACCUUGACCAUGAAUCAGAAAUUGUUUUAAAUCACAUUGUCAUCGUUCUUAAAUGAGAAACCACAAGCACGGGACAGAAAAGAGAUAAGUAUUUGCCACUGCUCCUCCCCCACCGUAGACCAAGCUGUGGGCACGGAGCGCUGGCUGGUCUUCUCAGCCACGCCCUGGGAGGGAGUGACGUGGCCCGGAAGGCACGCGCUGUGUGGGCAUUCCCUGUGCGACGUGGCAUGAUAUGAAAGAAUAAAAACUUUAAAGUC